AUCGUUGCUAACCGUCGAGCUGAUCUACUUGUUUGUACGGCCAAACUUUACGUCGUGAGAUAACGAGUGGUUUUCACAGAUUUACGGGAGGCAGACCACCACACUGACAUUCAUUCACGUUGUUUGCACAGUAAAACGGGAAUGGACUUCGCCAAGGAAGUUGUCGUUCAGGCGGCGCUGUCCGAGAUCCUUGGCCGCAUCUUCUCCUCCCUGCUAGACGGCCUUCGCCGGCCGACCGACGGUGGCGCCAGGGACGCGCACCGCCGGCGGCUGGAGCGGUUGCUUGGCAGUAUUGGCAGCAUGGUCGAGGAGGCGGAAGGGCGGCACAUCAACAACCACCAACUGCUCGGCCACCUCAAGGUCCUCACCGAGGGCAUGUACCGCGCCCGCUUCGCCCUCGAGGCGGCCGACCUCGACGACGCCCAUGACGCCGACGCCACGGACGACGACGGUGACCACAUCGUCCGGCGCCGCUCGCUCGCGCUGCUCUCGCCGUUCAACAGGGCGAAGCGUUCCCGCAUCACGAGCCUGAUCUGGGGAGCUGGCGCUGGCGCCGGGGACAACGACGGUGGGUCGAUGCAGAGGUUGGCGGCCGCCAGCGAAGAGCUGGAGGGCCUGACGCACGACUGCACGAGGGAGUUCGUGCUUCUCGUCCAGGGGUACCCGCGCAAAGUGCACCGGGCGGUGCGGACGACGCUGUACAUGGACCGCUGCGUGUUCGGACGGCACGUCGAGACGGAGCGCAUCGUCGACUUCCUCCUGCAGCAACAUGGCGGAUACCUGAGCGCGCUCGCCGUCGUCGGCGCCAAGAAGGUCGGGAAGACCACGGUCGUCAAGCACGCCUGUGGGGACGAGCGCGUGCGGGGCCACUUUGCGCGCGUCGAGUGGUUCGAGACGCCAGAAGUCGUGAAGGCGGGAGGCCAGCCGGGGCAGACCGCGUGGGAGAGCGACGGACCGGAGUAUCUCGCCGGCGUGCGCCGCAUCAUCAGCGAGCCGCGGGAAGGCCGAUCGCUCCUCGUGUUCGACGACGCCUGGCCGGUCGACGCGUCGGCCUGGCGCGAGCUCGCAUCGUCGACCACCACGGGCGCGGGCGACUGCAAACUCAUCUUCACGUGCCGCGACGCCGACCUCGCCCGGGACAUGAGCACGGCGGCGGAGCCGGUGGUGCUGGGCAAGGCCCCGAUGGAGGAGUACUGGUACUACUUCAAGGCGUUCGCGUUCGGCGGCGGUGCGGACCCCAGGGACCACCCUCGGGCCGCGGCGGUCGGCCGGGAGAUCUGCGAGCGGCUCGACCGCACGUACCUCGACGCCAGGCGGCGGCCGCUGCACGUCGGCGUCCUGCUCGAGCUCCUCCCCGUGAACGGCAGGCGGCUGCAGUCGUACGGCUACUGCCGGAGCCCGCCGAAUGUCACCGUGCAGGACGUGCUCGGCGGGAGGGCCAGCGGCGGCUCCGAUGAGGAUGGCUCGAUGACCGUCCAUCUCUGCAGGGAGACGCUGUACAUGGAUCACUGGUACAGCAUCACUUUCAAGAAGUACUAG